AUGAUGUGGAGCGCUCCUGACAGCAAGGCACUACACACUGGACUUUGGGUUUCCACUCCAGCAAUCAACUCCUUAUGCUGUAUAAAUACAGAUAUGAAACAGCUACAUCCUCACUUGUUCUUCAGACUGGACAGCGUGGAGACUACAACCAUGAAGGUUCUCGUGGUUCUCGCCCUUGCUGUGUUUACAGGUUGUCAUGCCAACCUUUUCUAUGCUGAUGAGCCCAAGCCACAGCUGGAGCAGUUGACUGAUGCAUUCUGGAGUUAUGUUGCUAAAGCUACACACACCGCAGAGGAAACCGUCCAGAUGAUCAGGAAUUCACAACUGGGGCAAGAAGUCAAUGCUAGGCUGACACAAAGUGCUGAUAUGGCCAGUGACUAUGCCACCACCCUCAGGAAACAGGUAGAUCCUCUGACUGAAGAGCUCAUGACCAAAAUCACCAAGGAGGCUGAAGUGUUGAGGGAGCGUCUGGGUCAGGAUCUGAUCACAGUGAGAGACAAACUGGAGCCCUAUGCCGACAACAUCAAGAGUCAAAUUCAGCAGAGAGUGGAGGAUCUCAGAGCAGCCAUGACUCCAUAUGCAGAUUCUCUGGAUUCUGAGAGCCUGAAGGCCACUCUUCUCCAGAAAAGUGAGGAUCUGAGAGGAAGUGUGGAGCAGAGCGUGAAGGAGCUGCAGGCUCAACUCGAGCCCUACACCGCUGAUAUCAAAGAGAAAGUAGACCAGCGCCUGCAGGAGUUCCAGAAGACCGUGAGCCCCAUGGCUGAGGAUCUCCAGACCCAGAUUGCUGAAAGAGCAAAGAUGGUUCAGCAGAGUCUAACACCCUAUGCUGAAGACCUGAAGGAAAGGCUGGACCCCUACGCCCAGGACCUGAAGACUCAGCUCACCUCCCUCUAUGAGUCUUUCAUCAACAGAAAUUAA